GUCGACAGCUGGGGCGUGGUUUGAUAUCUCGCUGAAUUAUCUCCUGGCAGACUCAACAACAAAGACCACAAAGACCCGUUUGGCAGCUGUUUAAUAUCUACCACUGCAAAAUGAACCAAAAGUGGAUUCUGGUGAUUCUGGUGAUUCUGCUGUUGUGUCAAAACAUGACUUCAGCGGCUGUUGCAGAAAAGACGGUGAAGGAAGGGGAGCAGGUUGACAUCACGUGUAAGCCUGCUGAGUCGGGCAGCCUGCUCAUAUGGUUUCGAGUUCUUCCCAAGAACUUGGAAUUCAUUGCAUCUUUCAGCCCAAAUGGCGUCCUGAAGACGCAAGGAGCUUCCUCCAAGUCCAUUUUCAUUUACUCCAGAAUGAGUGAAAGUGUCUUAAGUCUAAAGUCAUUCAACAAAGGGGCCGACAGCGGCACUUACAGCUGUGCGUCUCUCUACAAAGGGAAUCAAAUGACAUUCGGCGAUGUAACCCGACUGGUCGGAGAAAAGGAAAUAAUAGAGGUUGCAGGAGGGGCCACGGAGGCCCCGAGGGCCACCACCAGUGCGACUGACCCCCCAUGUGUUUGUAAGCAGAACGGGAAUAACAAGCAAGAGGAAACCAGUCCUCAGAUGUCUUGUUCUGCGAUCAUACUGGGCCCACUGGCCGCCGGCUGUGGCCUUCUUCUUCUCGUCCUGAUCAUCAGCACCCUGUACUGCAAUCAAAUGAGAACACGGAGAUGCCCGCAUCAUUACAAAAGAAAACCGCAGGCUCCUGGAAGGAAAUUGAUGACUGGGACACACGUCUAAGCCAUUAUUUUACUGUUGUGUGGCUGUCGCAGAGGGUUUUAUUCAUUAUCUCCAAUAAUGGUGAAUAUUAUGCUGCCAACUAAAAAGUUCUGAUUGUAACAGGAACUAUAAAAAGAUGCUUCUUUAAGGAUUUAAUGUUUGAAAUACUUUGGGUUAUCACUGCAUUGUGGAUACGACGGACGAUAACGCUGCACCAUCAACCCUCGGAUUAAACUCUUUUAAUGAAAUAACAUUAAAAGAAACAUCUAGUUAUCUAAUCCUAUAAAUGUUGAUUGAAAUAUGAACCAACGAAGUCCGGAGAAUAUUAGAAGUGACAUUGUUUGAAAUUGAAAAAUUAUGUUGCUUGUGUAUUUAGCCAAAGCUCAUUUAUAAAUGUUCACAAGUUUCCUUUGAUAUUUUUUUUUCUGUACAGUCUUUUAGUUACUUUAACAUUUUCAAACUAGAAUUUAUUUUGUCUUAGUUCCCUUUGAAAUAAAAUAAUUGCUCACAUAAUAUGACUUGCAUCAGUAUAGCUUUGAAUGUGUAUAUUUCUUUUAAUUUAUAAUCAAGCCUUUGGUUAGUAAUUAUUCCAAAGUUUUUUUAAAGUUUUGAGGUACAAAUAUCGAAUUGGAUGUAUCGAAUUUUACAAUUUUCCCUUUGGCACGGUGUUCCUUUAUUUGUAAAAACAAAUAAAAUAGUCAAAUGUAAUUAAUUUUAGAUUGACAGUGUGUGUUCAUUCAUUUAACAAAUUUCUUUGCA